CCGCCGCGACGCGGGUGGGCGCAGCGGCGCGGCGAUGUUGGGCGCACGGCUGCGGCUCCUGGCGUGCUGCGGGCUGCUGCUCGGGGCCGCCGCCGCCCUCAGCCGGGAUGAGGUGCCCUCCCUUCGGAAUAAAGGGAUAUUUAUUAUUCAAAGCGAAGUCUCCAAUUUGUGCAUUGAAGUGGACACGGCUGGCCUUGUUCUGGAGGGCUGUGGUCAACUCUCAAAAGAGAUGUUAUGGAAAUGGGUAUCCAAUCGCCGCCUUUUCAACAUAGGCACAAGUACCUGUCUGGGACUGAACAUCAGUAGACCAGAACAGCCAUUAAGUAUGCUGGAAUGCGAUUCAACUCAGCACUCAUUAUGGUGGAAUUGUGAUGGAAAAGCAUUAGUUGGUGUAUCAGAAUACAAAUUAGCUGUUGAAAACAGCAAACAUAUUGUGGCCAAAAAAAAUUCCACUUACCAGUGGAAACAGUACAUGUCCUAUGAUGAAGACCUUUGUGAACAGCCAUUUCAAGAAACCUACACCUUGCUGGGAAAUUCUUUUGGUUUCCCAUGCAUUUUUCCAUUUAAAUAUAACAACAAAUGGCAUUAUGAGUGUAUCAGAGAUGGAAAGGAAUUUGCCUGGUGUGCCACAACAACUCACUAUGAAGAAGAUGAAAAAUGGGGAUUUUGCCCAAAUGCUGAGAAUGGCUGUGACAUUUUUUGGAAGAAGAACCCUGACACCCACCUUUGCUACCAGUUCAACCUUGGGUCGGUACUGACCUGGCAUGAGGCUCGGGCUGCCUGUCAGCUGCAGGGAGGAGACCUGCUCAGCAUCACCCACCCUGAGGAGCAGAACUACAUAAGUAACUUAAGCAAGCAGUUAAAUGCCACAAACUUGAUGCUGUGGACAGGCCUGAAUCGACUGGAGGAAGACACUGGCUGGCAGUGGUCGGAUGGAGAACCACUGGUGUUUGUGAACUGGAGAGCAAAUGUCUCUGAUAACCGUUUUAGAGAAAAUUAUUGUGCAGUCAUUAAUUCAAAGUUGAAGUAUGGCUGGCAAAGUUAUUUGUGUGAAUCUGGAUUGCCCUUCAUAUGCAAAAAAAAAUUAAAUAAGACAGAGCAUGAAACAUUGGACACGUGGAAGUAUUAUGCCACUCGUUGUGAUGCUGGCUGGAACCCAUACAAUCACAACUGCUACAGACUUUAUACAGAGGAGAAGAGCUGGAACGAUGCUUUCAUCUCAUGUCAAAGUGAUAACAGCUGGCUCAUUAGUAUAUCCUCCAAUGCAGAUGCAGAGCUGCUCCUUAAAUUGCUUGAAAAUGAAAAUGCAACUGAAACAUGGAUUGGGUUAUACAGUAAUAGCACCUUAGUUGUUUUUGAGUGGUCAGAUGGAACGCCAGUAAAAUUCUCCAACUGGAACAGCCAAGAACCUGACACCUUUCAAAGAACAGGACAACUCUGUGUUUCAGCACAAGGAUCUGAAGGACGUUGGAACGUUAAAAACUGUGAAGGCAGAUCUUUCUACAUUUGUGAAAAAUCAGGGGAAUCUAAUAAUGUCUCUCCUGAGCUGGAAUCAGGUUGUCCAGAGGGAUGGGAAAGACAUGGUGGAUAUUGUUACAAAAUCGACAGUACCCCUCGAAGUUUUGAACAUGCUUCCAGUGGUUAUUUCUGCCCAUCUGCACUUGUGUCAGUAACAAACAGGUUUGAACAAGCUUUUAUCAACAGUAUGAUCCAGAGCAUGGUAAAAUCUGAAAGAACUUAUUUUUGGAUAGGUCUGCAAGACCUUAACAACACGGGAGAAUACUACUGGCUAAGUACAGUAGGAAAGAAUCACUCUGUGAGCUACACAAACUGGAACAAGUACCAGCCACGUCAUUCUGGUGGAUGUGUGGCCAUGCGAGGACAGGACCCUGUUGGUUACUGGGAGGUGAAAAGCUGUAAGAACUUCCAAGCAAUGUCAUUGUGCAAGCAGAAAAUAAAUUCCUAUGAAGAACCUGAGCUUACUUUUCAAAAACAUUUGAGUUCUUGCUAUUUUGGAUGGGAGUCAGAAGCUAAUCUGCUCAGUUGCUACAAGAUAUUUCACAAUGAGAAAGUUCUGAUGAGAAGAACAUGGGAUGAAGCAGAAGCAUUAUGCCAAGAUUUUGGAGCACAUCUCGCUAGUUUCAGCCAUAUCUAUGAAGAGACAUUUUUAAACAAUUUAUUAUAUACCAUUUUUGAUAGAACAGAAGAAAGACAGUUCUGGAUUGGAUUUAAUAAAAGAAACCAGCUUUCUGGGGGGACAUGGCAGUGGUCUGACAAAACACCUGUUGUGUCUUCAUUUUUGGAAAGCAAGUAUGUUGCUCAAGAUGACUCAAGAAACUGUGGUGUGUUCAAAGUAAAUAGAACAGUCUUCCCAGCACACUGCAAUGAAAGGAGAGAAUGGAUAUGCAAAAUACCAAAAGGUGUUAAACCAAAUAAUCCAGAGUGGUACAUAGCUGAACUGCCAUGGUCAUAUUAUCAAGGAGCAGAAUAUCUUUUCCAUGUUAGUCCUACGAACUGGGAAACCUAUGAGUUUGUCUGUGUCUGGCUUCGCAGUGGAAUGGCAACAAUAAAUUCUCCUGGGGAACAAGCCUUUAUUCAAAAUAAAAUUAAGAAGCUAUCGAAUACUGAUGUUCACUGGUGGAUUGGAUUGCAGGCAGAAAACCUCAGCGAUGAAUUUCGCUGGAGAGAUAAAUCACCACUAACGUACCAGAAUUGGAAUGAAGGGAGGGAAAGAGAUCCCCAGAAACCAGGGAAGAGAUGUGGCUUCAUUUCAUCAGAAACAGGACUCUGGGGUGUUGAAAACUGUACUGUCUCUCUUCCCUGUAUUUGUAAACGUAAAUUUGCAUGGAAAAUAGAGAAAGAGAUUCCCAAAGACCAGAAUCAACAAGGCAUAUGUCCCAAAGGCUGGCUGCACUUUGGAUUCAAAUGCUUUUUGAUACAAAUUCCAAAUGAUCCAGAGCAUCUGAGAAGCUGGUACUCUGCACAAGAGUUCUGCAGUAGCUAUGAUGGGUCACUUGCUUCCCUUAAAAAUGAACUGGAACAAGCUUUCAUAACAAUGAAUCUAUUUGGACGGAAAACUAGUGUUUGGAUAGGUUUCCAGAGUGAUGAUUAUGAAAAAUGGCUGAAUGAAAAUCCUCCAAUGUAUUCCAACUGGUCUCCAGCUGAAGUAGUGGAUAGACGACGUUAUAACAGUGUGAACAUUCAAGAACAAAUUCCACUAUGUACACUGGUAUCAAAUAACCCCAAUUUUUAUUUUACGGGAAAGUGGUACUUAGAAAACUGUCAGAAAAAUUAUGGGUUUGUCUGCCAAAAGGCUCAGGACAUAUCCAGGCAUGUCAUCAAUGCAUCUGAAAUGUACCCUGUGCCAGAUACUUUAGAAUAUGGUAACAGAACAUAUAAACUAAUACACGGGAAUUUUACAUGGUCCUCAGCUUUAAAAACCUGCAUGGCAAAUGGCGCUGAGUUGGUCAGCAUCACAGACCAGUAUCACCAAGCUUUCCUCACCAUCAUCGUCAAUCGGCUGGGAUACAACCACUGGAUCGGGCUGUUCACUUCGGAUAAUGGACUUCACUUUGAAUGGUCAGAUGGGACUAGGUCUUUGUUUACCUUUUGGGAAGAUGAUGAGUCCCAGGCCUUUGGCAGCUGUGUUUACAUUGAUACUUCAGGGCACUGGAAAAGUACUAACUGUGAACGACUUCUGGAAGGAGCAGUUUGCCAUGUGCCACCUAAACAGAAACUUACUGCCUAUAAAGGCUUAUGUUCAGAAAAAAAUGUUCCCUGGAUCAAAUUCAAAAACAACUGCUACAGCUUUUCCAUGGUUCUGCAGGGCACAAAUUUUGAUACUGCAUAUGAUGUCUGCAAAAAUCAAGGAUCAAAUCUCCUAACUAUUCAAGAUGAAGAUGAAAAUGCUUUUAUUCUGGAAGAAUUGCACAGUAUUGGUUAUUCUGUGCAAAAGAUUUGGUUAAACAUCCUGCUUGUUACCGACAAUGAGACAGUCUCCUGGUUUGAUGGCUCUCCCUUAAGUUAUUCAAACUGGGGCAUCAGGGAGCCUGAAUUUGAUAAUCUCAAAGGGAAUUUCUGUGUCAGCCUGAGAACCACAGAUGGAGUCUGGCAAUUAUCUCCCUGCAGAGAAAAAAAGGGAUUUGUAUGUAAAAUGAUUGCUGAUAUUGAUGCAAAAGAACCCUCUGAAAAAAUGUCACACCAUGAGCUUGCAGCUUUGGCUGGUCUUGUGACGUUGGUGAUGCUGGCUGCCAUUUCAAUUUUUCUGUGGUGCCUGUACAAACAGAAUAACCAAAUCUUCAGCAGGAUACUGUGGAUCAGAAACACCUAUUUGCCACAGAUCAACACUGACACUUCUCCUUUGGAAGAAAGCAUCCUCAUUUCUGAUUUUGAGAGAAGCAACAAUUAAUUCAUCGUGUGUAGUAAGCAUUCAUGUUUUCCAUGUGAAACUCCACAAGCUACAGUGGUUUUCUCCUUCUCUGGAGUCCCCCUGGGUGCCUAUAGCCAGAGAAACCCUGGCAGCCAUUGAUAUGAACACUGCAGGGGCUCACUGUCUUGGAGCACUUCUGCUUUGUGGUAAGAUGAGGCAAGGGUGCAUGGCAGAACCACGGAGAAGUCAGCUAUAAUGGGACAAGCUAGGAACUGAAAAUACUGCCACACCAUAAACCUCCAACUGCUCAUGUGGAACAGUCCUGUCCAAGGCCCCAGAGCAACACAUACAACUUUUUCCUUUGGAAUGCCUGGGCUUUUCUGGGUUUUUUUUGUUUGGUUUUGUUUGUUGUUUUUUGGGUUUUUUUGUUUUAGUUUGGGGUUUUUUCUGUGGUUUUGUUUGUUUGGCUGGCUUUUUUUAUGACACAGAAUCUGCUCAUGAACUAGCAUUAAAAUUUGGCCUUGAAUUUAGGGACUCUGGAACAUAUUCCAAGAACUGUGGGACUUUUUUUCUCAAUAGGCAUUCCCUCUGGAAAAUGAAGUUAUUUUUCAGACAUUGGAUUCUUGCCAACUGGAUUUCCAAGCUGGUAGAAUGAUGAGGUCACUUUUGAAUCAGGAGUGCUGGAGUUUUAGUGUUUUGGCCCAUGAUGGUUCAUGUUAGAAAAUAAAUGAGCCUAGAGAUAUAAGGGCAUAUGGACUUCGUCAUCCUGAAAUUGAUACAGUCGUUUGAGAUGGGUCUAGUAUCCUGAUAACGAUUUAACUAUGUGAUCUCUCGCCUAUCUUAUUUCAGAACUUUAAUCCCAUCAACCUCUUUGAAAGACACAUUUGGUCAAUAUCUGAAGAAAAAAAAACUGUUGUAAAUCUCGCUCAUAGUUAUGGUAAUAAGUUGAUUUACAGUUCACCUACAGUAUUUCUGCACACAGUAUUUGUGCGUGCUUUUCUGAGACCCUCUUCUCAAAAGCUGCGGAUGAAACAUGGGGGAGCCACAUAGCCACAUAUUCAUAUGUGGCUGCUUCAUAAGCCCAUGAAGCAGGCCCUCAGAAGGGCACUUUUCACUUUCAGUGUUUGUACUAAGGUUCUAAGGGUGUAGAUACAUUUCACUGAGCAGUUGUUCUGCAGGCUAAUGGCUGUGAAGGACCCAGCUCAGGUCUCUGCACUACCUCAGUUACAGCAGCCGGAACAGCGCUUUCUCACCGUAGGGCUGCCUCCACCCUAACCAGUCCUCCAGACACCUCUCUGAAAAUAUGUGGAAGGCUUGAGGGAAUUUUAUUUUUACUGCAGCGUGGAAAAACAAGUGGUUAGUCAUGGUGGGUUACUUCAUAAUGGAUUUACUGUGCCUUCAGUCGUCUUUAAAAGCUACUGUGAAGGGCUGCAUUUAUUGUUGGGUUUGUUGGUUUAUUUGUUUUAAGAUGACUCAUCCAGACAAUGUUGCAAGAACUCUAAGAUGGAGGUAAAUUCCUGAGAAUUAAGCAAGAAGCUUAACGCCAACCGAAAUGUUUUUACACAGUAUUUGUGCACAGGCACAGGAAUGUAUCAUGUCUUUUAGUUAGAUUUCACAUGACCAAUUCUAGGAACAUUGCAAAAAUUGUCCAUGUUAGAAUUAUGUACAGGGCUAUUUUCAAAUACUAUUUGGUACACAGAGUAUUUCUGUGUUCAAAAAUGUUCCAAAUGUUGCCAAAGAGGCUGUAGAUGGUUUUGAUCCCAAUAUCAUCUUCAACUUAUGGUUUCUGAUAACUUCUACGGGUGUAGCUAUCACAAGUUCUUAAUCUGAGAUUUUUCCAAUUUCAUCUAGUGGUUUGACCCUGUAAAUUAGUCUUCAGUAAUGCUUUUAAAGUUUGUUCUAAGUCCUAUAGAUUUACCUGUACAAUGCAGAUUAAUCUACAGGGCUCUUUUUAUGUGAAUUCAAAUACUGGAAUUCGUGGACUGCAACUUUUGAGUACAGUUGCCAGAUCAUCUGUGGUUUAUAUGUAUGAAGUGUGAUAACUUUUUUAC